UACUUGGGCGUCCCUGCGAAUAUAAAUUUGGCAAUAUGAUUUUUUCAAAAUUUUUAAUUUUCUUAAUUUUUUCUUUUUUUGGACAAUUCCUGAACUUGUACUUUCGUUGAAUUUUGUUUAAAAAAUCUAUAUUUAUUUUGUAAAAUUUUUUUUGAAAGGUUUGGUAAUAGUUCGUGUUAUUCCACCCCUUUUUACUGUCUCCCUGACCAUUUUGCUCUUGUUUGCUUGAUAUCAUUUGAAAGAGCUUUUCGAGCUGAGUAAGAAUGGCACUAAAAUCAAUGAACUCUGACUUAAAUCAAUAUAAGUAAAUGUUUUGUUUUGACCGCUUACAGCGUCACAAAAGUUUGUUAAGCGAGGAUUCUGCUUCAUAAUUGUGUUCAGAGUCACCGAAUCUAACCGAACAUAGUAUCAUUCGACCCAGAUCAAAAAACUCUUUCAAAUGUUAAAUUAAAAUGGACAGGGGGGAUUCAGUAGAAAUGGGUGGAAUAAACCGAACUAUUACCAAAGUUUAAUAUAAAUAUUUUUCAGGUUAAAUAAUUUUUUAAUUUAAUUUUCGUCGGAACUUCAAUUAAAGUAAUGGCUGAUAAAUUUUAUCCUCCUUUUCCUAAAAAACAUGUAAUUGGUCAAUACACAUUUGUUGAGCCGGAUUUUAAAGUUAAAUUUCCUGCCUUUCACUGUUGCCAAUCUCAUAAUGCUGGUUGUAAUUCUUUCGAUACCAAUUUUGACUUCGAUAUUUCUACAACAACACAAAAUCUUCAUCAAAACAACAAUUUUCAUCAAAACCUCAAUAACAACAACAAGGCAACUAUAAACAACCCAAAAAAUACCUACACAACCCCAAGCAGUACACGAACAAAAAUCAACGACAACUCUUCAACCUUCCGAACUGUCAAUUUCGUACCUCCACCUCGUCCUCUUGCUCAACCUCAAAUUUCAAUAAAACCUCCAAUUUAUACAAUUUCUUCAUCUCCACCUCCAACUGCAAAAAUACCUUCAAAAGCUUUCAUUACUCCUUCAUCUCCGCCUUCUAUACCUUUUAAAAGGCCUCCAAUUCCACCUUAUAUUGUUUCUUUAUCUCCACCUCCUAUUGAAGCAAAAUCUUCAUUUUCUGUCACAUCACUUGCACCGUCUACUUCGGAAAUUUCAAAAUUGGUAGAACCGAAGAGCGAAAUUGAACAUGAAGCUAUGGAUCAAUUUGUUCUCAGCGAGCAAGGCAACAAAUCUGGAUUUUGGUGA